AUAAGAAUUUGCAACCACGAAGGAAAGGAUACUUCAUAUUUCAUGCUUGUAUCUUUUGGAUUUGACUAUAAAUGCCAGCAUAAGAUACAUUCUUGUAUCCCAAAUAAAGAACCCCUUCAGUCUCAAGAAACUUCCCACCGACGACUCCCUCUAUUGCUAUCUAUAAAAAACCAUAGUCUUUUCCUUUUCAACAUAUCUUUUGGCACAAAGUUGCAUCUCUCAUAUCUCAUCCUAUCAUACCAGUUUGCGCACAUCUCAACUAUAUAUUUAUUAGUAUUAUUAUCAAAGUGGUGGUGUUUAGUUCAGUUUGCACGUCUUUUGGCUGUUUAAUCCUACUAUCUUUCACCAGCAUAGAUAUCUGGUAACUUUGUUCAUCAAGAGUAAUAGCCAUAUCUCCAAAAAUCCUCAUUUGUAUGCCAAGUUAGGUUCAAUUUGCUCGCAUGUCUUCGUUGUUUCAUCUCCUACCUUUCACCGGUACAAAUAUCUCGGUAACUAUGCUCAUAAGAGUAAUAGGCAUAUCUCCAAGAUUCCUAAUUUGUAUGCAAAAUUAGGUUCAAUUUGCGCGCAUCUCUUGGCUGUUUUAUCCGCAACCUUUCACCAGUAUAGAUUUCCGGUAACUCUGCUCAUCAGAGAAGUAAUCAUAUAUAUCGCCAAGAAUCCUAAUUUGUCCUAAUUUGUAUGUUAAAUUAAGGUUCUUGAGAUGGGGAAUUGUGUGUUCAAGGGGUUUGGUUUUGGAGAAGUUGAUCAUCAAGAAGAAGAAAACAAGAUGAUAAAAGUGGUCACCUCUAAUGGUGGCAUCAUGGAACUAUAUGCACCCAUCACAGCCCAUUGCAUCACCAAUGAAUUUCCAGGCCAUGCCAUUUAUCGUAGCCGUGACAUGUUUUCUCCACCACUUUUUCCUAAUGAGGAACUUCAUGCUGGUGAAUCAUACUAUCUCCUGUCUCUAUUAAACCAUCCUAUUAAAAGAGGAAGAAGUGAAGAAGAAGAAAAAAGUGAUGUUGAUGAAACAUCUUCAACAUCUAAUUACGCUAAUAUUACUACUUGUAAUAGUAAUAGUAGUGGUAAUUUGCCUCAAGCAACACCUUAUAGGAUGUCAUUUGAUAAUCAAAGGAUGCUAAAGAGAUCACAAGCUGAGGUUUUUCCUACUUACAAUAGCGCAGGUGUGUGGAAAGUGAAGUUACUUAUUAGCCCUGAACAAUUAUCAGACAUUUUGUCACAUGAGGCACGUACAGAGGCGCUAAUAGAGAGUGUUAGGACAGUGGCUAAAUGUGGUUCUGGGGCUUCUUCUAUGACUCCAACACCUGCUGCUCAUUCAGAUAAAUGGAGUUUCUCUAGCAGUAAUAAUUGGAAGGCAACAACCCCUAUCUGAGUACUCUUCAUGUUUGUGGUAUAUUGUAAUUUUCUCGGUUAGAGCCUGCUGGAUACGGAGUUAUUUUUGUUAGAAAAUAUUAUGUUCCUCAAAUGUGGAGUUUCCGGCUAGAAAUUAAAUUUAGUCGAGCCUCAAUACGAGUACGGGGCACCGGAAAAUUUAGUCGAGCUUCAAUACGAGUAGGGGACACUGGAUGAAAAACCAAAAAGGAAUAUUGUUAUUUUCUUUGCUUAUAAAGUUGUGUAAAUUUAGUAGUAAUGGCACUAGGAGUAGCACCGACAUGACCAAUUGUUCUGUUAAUAGUUUAGAUAUUGCAACAUUGUUUAAAUUCUGCAUCUAAUAUUCGACUUAGUUCUGUGGCGUA